AUAAUUCGGCUGCGAGAUUCAACUAAAUAAUUAAAUUUUCAACUUUCAGUGGAAUUAAAAUGGGUGUCGCGAAAUUUUGUGUCGUUUUCGAUAAAUCGGACCCGAUUUAUUAUCCCGGAGAAACGAUGACCGGAAGAGUGGAGUUGGUACUCAAUUCUACAAUGAAAAUUGAAGGAAUCAAACUCAAGCUCAAAGGAAGAGCUAAAUGCGAAUGGAGCGAAUCGCAUUCCAAGUCCAGAGUUUUUCGAUCAUCUGAAACCUAUCUCAAGAAUGAACAGACUUUUGUCGAAGAAAGAGAAGCAAAGAUGCUACAAGCGAAAAAAUAUGUCUAUCCAUUUGCUGUAAUGAUACCAUCUAAAGCGCCAUCCUCUUUUAAAAGUCACUAUGGUGAAAUAUCGUAUUAUGGAAAGGCGAAAAUAAUCAUUCCACAUGGUUUCGAUUACAAAAAAAGAACCAGAUUUACCAUUAUCAGUCCUCUGGAUCUUAAUUUAUAUCCGCAAUUAAGAACUACAUACAAAGAAGAAAAAAGUAAGAUGUUUUGCUGUCUGUGGUGUGCCAGUGGUCCUCUUACUAUGGUUGUGAAUUUACCCAAAACUGGCUUCGCUACAUCAGAAUGUAUUCCAAUUAUUGUAGAAAUUGACAACGCGAGUAAUAUCGCCGUAAAUGCGAUUUAUAUUUCUUUGAAACGGAAAAUUAAAUGGAUAGCGGAAGGACACCAUAAAACCACAGAAGUUGAGCUUCAAAAAUUACGCUCGGGUGGAGUUAGAGAAGGCCAGUCGCAAACGUGGAGCGAAUAUUUCACAAUUCCACCCACUAUUUUUCCGAACUUGGAGGAUUGUUCCAUCAUCAGAAUGAGUCACGUAUUACAUAUUGAAGCUAGAGCCGCAGGAAUGCAUUUAAAUUUGAAUGCUCGAAUUCCUAUCAUGAUUGGCGAUAUUCAACUAAGUGAAGAUACCAAUGCUCCAAUCUUUUCUCUGCAAGUGCCAAAUAAUCCAAAUAAUAUGGCUCCUGUUCCUGCUUCUUCGUCUCAAGGAUAUCCUCAGUCGGAGUAUCAUUUUACUGAAAUAACAUCUUCAAAAAGUGUAGUUCAGAGUCAUCAGUCUCAACCACAACCACAAAUACCACCUUCAGCAUUAUCAUCUCAGUUCGAGUGCUCUCAUAGUGCACUACAUUCUCCAGUAACCUGUGAUAAUAUUAUUGUCGACGGUUCAAUUAUUUCUUCUUCAAGAAACACUGCGCAAUUGGAGUAAUCACUUUUUUUGUAUGAUUGUUAAAAAAUUACACUGAGAAGUAAAUACUUGAUUAUCUAAUUCAAAUCAGACUAUGUAGUUGUAACUUUGUGCAUAAGUUCUAGUUCAAGAAUGGAAAAUAAUGACCUCUCAAGCGCGAUGGGGCCACAAGCAUUUGCGCUAGAGGCAAAGCAAAAAAAAAAGUGAAUUCAGGACGAAAAAUCAAAAAAUCGUUUUCUAGCGAAAUCUGGUUGGUUGACAUGUGUACUACACUGUCUCGAAUUCACAAAUUAAAAUUCGUAGAUAUAGGUAUGUGAGAAUAAUUCAUUUAUCAAUAAUUACAACUUCCCAAAUUUUUUUCGAAACGAAAAAAAUUAGUUUUUUGAUUUUAUCCAAGACUUUUGAUGUUAUACCUUUUUUUUUUUUGUGAAUUUAACGAAAAUUUUGAUACUCGUAGAUUUAAUUUUAAAUUAAGUACCUACCUAGAUACCAUUUUCAGCUAAAAUCGACUUGGAAUUCAAAACGUAACAAUAUCAUUUUUUGAUUUCAUUUAUAAGAUUUUUGUUGUGACUUUUUUUUUAUUAAGGUAAUUUAACGAAAAUUUUGAUAAAUUUAAUUUUAAGGUAUCAUUUUCAGCUAAAAUUAACUUGGUUGUACGUAUUUUUUUUACAUUUUCACUCAUUAAAAAAAUG